AGACUUUCAAUUUUGGACCGUUCAAUUGCUAGUGAGAGGUGUGGUAAAAGAGAAACUGUUAAAACAGGCAGGAUUAUCAUACCGGCCUUGCUCUCUGCAUGCGGUGCUGAACUCAUUUUGGGGUGUCUGGAACCCCAUAAAUCAUCACUCGAAAACGAAGAUGAUUCCUGCAGUAUAUAAUGCUAUAUGUUUAAUAUAAAUUUUUCAAUUUUUUUCAUCUGGGUAAAUGGAAAGGAAAGUAUAACCUAUAAAAAGAUCAAUUUCAUAACUUGUGUAUCAAUAUUGUUUCAAGUAAAAAUUAUAUUUUAUUUGAAAGGAAGGAAACAAAUUUACAGCAUCGGUUACUGAUCGGAAAUAGAAAAGAUACAUAAAAUGUGCACAUUAAACGAAUUCGAAUAUGAUGUUUUUGAAACAGAUGUAAUGCCAAGAGACAGAAUUACCUCUGUUAAUAACGUUGCUGAAUCAGCUGAUGUUAAAUCUGUUUGUAAAGUAUGUGGAUCGAAAGAAAUUCAAGUUUCAUUGAGGAACAAAAAUGAAUAUUGUAAAGUAUGUUUUCUACCGAUAUUAACACAUAAAUUUAAAGCAACACUGGGUAAAUCCAAGGUGGUGCGUUCAACCGAUUCUGUACUUAUCGCUCAUUCAGGAAAAGUAAAUUCAACUGUACUUGUGCAUCUUAUCAAAGCUAAUGUCAAUGAAACAUCUUGCAAAAAGAUUCCUUUCCAAUGUAAAGUUCUUUACAUAGACGAUGGCUUGGUGAAAAAACGCACGAUCGAAGAAAGACAGUUUAUUCGAAACGCAUUAGUCAAAGAAGCAGAAAGUACACGAUUGCUGACAUAUAUUGUACCUCUGACAAAAUAUACCAGUGAUAAUAUUGAUAAGGAAAUACAACCGGUAAAUGUACCGGGAAUAAAUAUAACUCAAGAUGAUGUAGCUAUACAAGAAAUUUUUAAUGGAUUAGAAAGCGAUACCGCAAGAGACGAAUUAUUAAGACAAUUAAGACGCAGAUUACUUGUGUCAGCGGCUCGCAGUUUAAAUUGCAACAAAGUAUUUCUCGCUGAUACAUCUGUUGAUCUUGCAGUAAAGGUACUUGGAAACAUAUCGACUGGUAGAGGAUCUCAGUUACCUUUCGAUGUUGCGUUUUCCGAUGCAAGAUGCGCGGAUGUGACGUUGCUUAGACCGCUAAAAGAUUUUACAGUGGACGAUGUUAGUGGAUAUUUAGAUUGCUGUAAACUCUGUCCUAUUAUUACUUCUCAAAAAGAUGAUCAUUCUUUUUCUGCUUCCAUUCGGACUGUUGCAAGGAGUUUUGUUUGUCAAUUAGAUUCGGAAUUUUAUGGUACUGUACCUACGAUAUAUCGUACUAGUGAAAAAUUAACCGCAAGAUUAGGUAAACUUAAUAAUCCAAAGAUUAACAUCAAUAUUGAGUCCAAUAUUGAUGACAACACUUGCAUCCUCUGUGAAACAGUUUUAAACUCGUGUUGUUCACAAGAUGGACAGCUAUCGGUUAUACGAGCAAAAUUAUUUUCCAAAUUAGUUUCAACAACUUUCGUAGAAUCUUCGUCAAGUGUUACAGACAACGAAGAAACUAAAAGUAAAUAUAACGUGAAGCAAGAAAAAUGUUACUGUCUUGGUAAUCCCCUUCAGAAACAAUCUUUACAGUCGUACAUCAUUAAAAAAUAUCUUUGUUAUAGUUGCAGCUUAAUUUUUUUACAUUCAAAUCAAACGCAUAUUACUUUACCCAACUUUAUGCUAAACACGAUUCAACAGAAAUUACACAGUAUGCGUUUGCGGGACGAAAUAUCAGAUUUUUUAUUAUAGUUUUAAUUAAUGUGUGCUAUUAUUAAUGAUAAAAUAAUAGUAUGCAAGAAAUAUGUAUAGCAUACAUUUAAUGUAUAAGUUAUAAGGUUUUUAUGUAAACAAUAACAGAAAUAUAAUCAACAGCUCGAAUACAAAGUUAUGUUACAAAUAAAAAUACAAUUAAUUGGUGAAA